AUGGACAUCAUCGCCACGACUGAUCAAUACUUGGAGGUGUACAUCCGUCCAAAUGGAAGCACCAAAACGCGCUGCCCCUUGAUCAAAUGCCACCGAACGAAGACGACAACGACGGCGUCGGGGACGGGGGCAGCGACAGCAACGACGACAGCUUCCGCCACCACAUCGUCCACCGAGACAAUGCAGACGACAACGACGGCGGUGGCUACUGAAACUGGCACCAAUGCUGCACCGCUGUCGGACACUCUACUGCACAACCAUCACCACCAGGAGGGGAACGACAUCAACAACUCGGUCGUCGUUAGCUGGAAUCAUCAACACCACCACCACCAGCAGCACUACCAGCACCCCCCGGCGGCGGCUUCUUCAGUGGAUUCGUCCUCGUCUUCGCCGUUCCGAUCCACGGCAUCCAUCAAGGAGUCCAAUCGGUUGAAGAAUCCAGCUCUGAGAAAAUCCAACAUGGAGAAGAGCCUAACGAACAAAAAACGCAUCAUCAAAAUGCUGUUCGUGGUGGUGCUGGAGUUUUUCAUCUGCUGGACGCCGCUGUACGUGAUCAACACGAUGGCCCUGUUCUGGCCGAGCACCGUCUACCACAACCUGGGCUACACGGCCAUCAGCUUCUUCCAGCUGUUGGCGUACUCGUCGUCGUGCUGCAACCCCAUCACCUACUGCUUCAUGAGCGGUGGCUUCCGUAAGGCGUUCCUCAAUCUGUUCCGGUGCUUUCGGCCGUGCUCGUGGGCCUCGGGUCACGACGGCGGUGGACUGCGGCGAAACCGUCGAAACAGUAGCGCCAUGUGCGGGCUGUACGUGGCCAGCGGUUGUGAUAGCGGAGGUGGUGGAGGCGGUGGAGUAGGUGGGACGGCUGCCCUGCUCCGAAAGUACAGCAGCAGGCGGAAGCAGCGGCAAUCGCUGCGAACUAUGGACACCAUUCUCAGCACGGACGGGGUGGUCAGUUUGAAGCAGAGAGACACAGCGGCAGAAGCAGCAGUAGUAGUGGCGACAGCUGCUGGUAAUGCGUCGUCUGAUGGGGGUUUGCAUAAUCAUCAUCAGCACCAUCGGUACUGUCACCACAGUCAGGGUCAAGAGCAGUAGGUAGGUGCUAAUUGUGUUUCACGGAAGGUGAUGAUACCGUUGUUAAGUCGAUAAACAUAAGCGGAAUUGUUUGCUGCGAGUGGAGCCAGUAAGGUGCCGCAUGUGUGCUUUUGAUGAUAGUCGGAGUGAUAAAUUCACGGGGGUGCUAUGGUGAUCUGAUUUUGUUGCCGCUUAUCAUGCGCAACCAGUGCUCACUAAUACCAACAUUCACUCAAUACAGCAGUUGGAGAAAA